AUGAAGCUAGACCCAACCAGGAAGAGAAGAAGGAGGAAGACGGACGCGCCAGGGGCGGACCGGGGGAGGACAAAACCAGCAGCUCAACUGCCGGCGGCGACCUUUCCCGUAGCUCAACCCCAGCACCGGUCUACACCAGCGAGGCCAGAUGAUCCAGCCCAGCCGGAUCUACCUGACGACUUGCCAGAGGCGGACCCCGACCUGAACCAGGCCGUGAUGGAAUCGCCCCCCACAACUCCUCAGACUUCAGCUCCCGGGACUCCAGCGUUGCCACCUACACCUAGGAAGAAAGCCGCCGUAGAGUCCCAGGCCCGUCUUAUGGUCGUUGAGAAACGGAAGGCGAUUGUGUCUCCAGGCGACCAACCAGCCAAGCCAAGUCCGCCGACACAACCGCCCCCACCUACUCCAUCUCCAGCAGAAGACCAGCCCUCUGGACAACCUUGGUCACUGCAGGCCGGCAAGUUACCAACACGCUACGCGAGGCUGGUGAAGACCAACAUUGGGGAUGUCCGCCGGCUCCUCUGUGAACCGAGCCUGGAGUCAUACGAACCUCUGCCACGAACCGAAGGAGAGUUCUCGGUGCGCAGGAUCACGAUGAACGAUGGGCGAGGGAUCUGCCUCACCGUCCGCCGGAAGGGACUCUUCCACCAAGGGAUGCUUCUCGAUGAAAUGGACAACCCGACCAUCCACCGCGUCAUUAAGACCGUUGCCGUCCAAUCACCGAGAACAUCGCCAAGUCCACAAACCGGUACGCCCUCCACCAUCUGGAUUCGUCCCUGUUCAUCGCCUCUCCUUGACGACAUCUCCGCUAACAACCUUUCCUAG